AUGCCUCGCAAAGAACGGAAAAUUAAACUCAAACAACCCGAUAGAUCUGGUCCUGAUCCCUCCCUCGAAACUCUUCUCGACAUCGCAGCGAAACGAAAUUUGAGCGAGGCUCAGCGGCAACGUCAAGCUGAAAUAGAUGCAGAAAACGAAGAGAUUUUAAUAGGAAGACUAGGAGAAUCGAUAUUAUGGGCAAUUAGUCUUACCAUGUUACAUUUUACCUUGGAUGUAUUGGUUACUCAUCAAUACGCGGAAGAAAUCAUCUGGAAAGGGGUAAUAUCUAGGACUCUACAAUCAUGCCCUGUCAUUUGGCUCCUAUUUUAUGCCUUUCAUCCACAUGCCGAACCUUCCCACUUGUUUCCCCGACUACCUGCCAAAGCGUAUCACUACCUACAUGAAAUCUUCUUCUUCGCUGCUAGCAUAAGCGCCGGAUGUUAUCUUAUACAUAUUACAAACGAAUAUGGUAGUUUCGCCAUCAUGAAGCAAGCUCCGCCAAUAGGAACUAUCUGGAUUUGGUCAGUGAUUGAGCUGAACAUCCUAUGGGCAGUACCUAGUGUCGCAUUUUGUGCUAUCUAUCUUAAGGUCAAAGACUAUGCAUUCCUUUAG